AUGAUCGUGGGCAAAAAUUUCUGGGAUGAGGAGAAGGACGCACCUAUUCUGAAGAGAAAUGCAAAUUACAUUAACAAAGAGAACUGUGAAUAUGUUUGCAAGCGUGCAGAACAUUUCUACGAAAUAAUGUUAAGUUACAUUAAAGAGGAAAUCAAUGUGGAGAUUCGAGAAGAUUGUAAUGAUAAGGAGAUUUUGAGGAUAAUAAAAUUAGACGCUGAAAGAACAUUUAACAAGGAAGAAAAUCGAUCCCUACUAAUUGAAGUUCUUCAGUCCAUUUAUCCAAUAACGAAUGAUUACCACCAAGGGAUAUCAUUUAUCUCAUCCUUUUUGUUGCUUUUCUUAGAACCAAGGGAAGUAGUAAAAAUUAUUACCGGUUUACACAAAUAUUACUUACCAGGGUAUUUUAAGGCAAUGCCAAAGGCAUACGUGAGGGAUUCUCGUGUGUUCUUAAGUAUCUUAAAUCAUUUCCAUCCAAAUUUAUAUGAACAUAUAAAAAACUUGAUAACUCCUGAAGCGUUCGUUUCUAAGUGGUUCAUUGGUCUCAAUGUGCACGUUCUGACAUUCGAAUCGCUUAUGUUAUUUUUCGAGCACUUGUUGAAACAAGGAGAAAUAUUUUUGUUUAAAUAUAGUAUUGCUUUGUGCAGAACUUUGGAACAAGAAAUUAUGAAUACAAAUGACGUUUCUAAGCUUCUGGCGUUGUUGCGAUUAGACCAGAAACUUUUCCCUAAUGAUUAUAAAAAGUCGGACGCGCAGAAAAUUGGAGAUUUUUUUUUAAACAUUAUUGAAGCUUCGUUAAAAGUGGACAUGACAAGCAUCGACUUGGACAAAUUGAGGGAAGAAGCGUGUGAGCAGAUGAAGUUGGAGGAGGAGAGGAGGAAGCAAAUUGAGAUGGAGCGCCUCUUGACGGAUGACGAAAUUAUUUUUUCCGACGAGGAGGAGGAAGAAGACGACCUAGAUGAUGAUGACAAGGGGGAUUCAGACCUGACGCAGAGCGAGCAGGACAACAAAUCGGAUCACACGGAUAAUUUGGAUCAUGAGGAAAAAUCACUUCCUGAUGAAAAAUCCAUUCCUGUGGAAAAAUCGCUUCCUGAGGAAGAAUCGCUUCCUGAGGAAGAAUCACUUCCUGAGGAAAAAUCGCUUCCUGAGGAAGAAUCACUUCCUGAGGAAGAAUCACUUGCUGAGGAAGAAUCACUUCCUGAGGAAAAAUCCGUUCCUGAGGAAAAAUCACUUCAUGAGGAAGAAUCACUUCAUGAUGAAAAAUCUAUUCCUGUGGAGCUGAACAAAAUGCAGCUUGACGAUGCCAACAAGGCCAAGCCAGAAGACGCAAAGGAGAAAGCAUUGUCCAGUGGAGAGUCCCCCAAAAAUGAGGACAAAAAAAUCGAAAAAAGGGAAUGUGAAGAGGACUACAUGUGA